AUGCAUUCCGAGAAGGUUCCACGGUUCAGCUAUUUCUCCUCGCAGACUCAAGAGGUCAUUUCCUCUUCCAACUGGGCGGAUAUCUUCUCCGACCAGUUCAUCAAGCACUUGCAGGAGAGCGAAAGGACCAAGGGGGAUGUCUGGUGGCUGGACAUUAGCGAUGCUACCGAGCAGGAUGUCGACUUCGUAUCUCAGGUGCUGUCGAUCCAUCCUUUGACGGCAGAGGAUGUCACUAUGCGCGAGCCACGAGAGAAGGUCGAGGUCUUUCGGAACUACUAUCUAAUCUCGUUUCAGACGUUGGUGAACUUUGCCGUUGAAAAGGAAGAGAACGAUACACCUAAGUCUCCGGCAAGCAUUGUCUCAUCAACACCUUCCUCUGCAGGGUGCUACAUCCUCGUCUUCAAGAAUGGGGCGGUGACCUUCUCGCCUAGCGGGAAUGGACACAUAACCCGGGUGAGAGAUCGAAUCCGCCGACACCCCGAUCCAGCCAUCUUGUCGGGUGAUUGGGUCUGUUAUGCGCUAAUAGACGAUAUCAUCGACAGCUUCGAACCGUACCUGCAAGCCAUUGAACGUGAGUCCGAAUCCAUCGAGGAUGAAGUCUUUAUCGCUCGUGUAGACGACGUUAGAUCCCUCAUCCCUCGUGCCGAAAAUCUCCGCAAAAAGGUCACGUAUCUUAUCCGCGCUCUGAGCGGCAAAGUGGACGUCCUGAAUGGCUUCGUCAAGCGGUGCCAGGCCAAAGACAAACAGCCCGUCUUCCCCGAUGGUGAUCUAAUCAUGUAUCUGGGCGACGUGCAGGACCAUCUCGUAACCACUAUGUCGAGUCUGUCGCACUUUGAUGAGAUCGUCGGUCGAUCGCAGUCAAACUGCCUCGCGCAGAUCAGUGCCAAUAACCUACGCCUGAGUCUGAACAUCAACGAAGUCCUCAGCAAGGUGACUGUCCUGGCCACAAUCUUCGUUCCUCUGCACAUGGUGACGGGUCUUUUUGGAAUGAACGUUACUGUCCCUGGUCAGGAUGUGCCUGGACUGGCAUGGUUUUUUGGGAUUGUGGGUUGCUUUAUCGCAUUCAUCGUCGUGUGUUGCACUAUUGCUACUAGAUUUAAACUGUUGUGA